GUAUACAGCGUACCCCGCGUGCGCAAACAACAGUGUUACGUUGUUGCUGAAUUUACUUCGUCUUCAAAAAAAGCGUAUGAAAUAGAUUUAUUUCAUAUGGACAGAAGCGUUUUGAACGGAGAGCCAGCCCCUCACAUGUUGACCACUAACUGCAAUAAUACAAAGAGUCCGUCUGAAGAACUCUUGGAGGCUAUCGGCCGAACAAAUGGACACUUUGGACGUCCAGAAGGUGACGUGGAUGGAACAGGGAAUCGAGCAAACUGUUUCAAUUCAGGACAGGCAUCAUGCUCUCCGCGACUUGAAUCUCCUAACAUGCGGUCUCUAGAAUCCUCUGCUGAUAACCAUCAUAGACAAUCAAGGUCAGUAACCCCGAGCGAUACUCCCUUAAGCCUAAUAACGUCCCCGGCGACUGUUUCCCCGACACGUCCGUAUACCAGCUCAUCAAGCCGGGUCGAGGCAAACCCCAUAAUGUCCCUGCACACCAACAAAUUAGGUUUGGAGAAUUUGCACAUCCCUUGUACCACCCAGUUGCUCUCUCGCGGUGACACCACGCCUGCCCUGUCAGCGUACGGCGGCUGCCGGCUGGAGCGUUCGACACACACGGGUUCUCCGUCGGGUAUUCCUGCGGACUCGGGCCAUGAGUGUCGCCUAAUCGAUUAUCGCGGAGCCAAAGUGGCCGCUUUCCGUGUGCAGAACGAAUAUCUGCUGUGUCUACCACAAGCCUUUGAACUGUUCCUGAAACACCUUGUCGGAGGGCUGCACACAGUUUACACCAAACUGAAACGAAUGAACAUCAAUCCGAUUGUGUGUAACGUAGAACAGGUCCGGAUCUUGCGAGGACUGGGAGCAAUCCAACCCGGCGUGAAUCGUUGUAAGCUGUUGUCUUGCAAUGACUUCGAUGCUCUCUACAAGGACUGCAUUACUGCCAGUUGCAGACCUGGACGACCACCUAAGAGAGUUCCUAUGACGGGACCUAUGUCGUCAUCAGCCAGUCUUCUUAAGAAAGGGCGUGUGGAUGGUGAAUAUCAUGGGUACAAGAAUAUCCAGCGGAACGGGGACCCUUUAGACAAAGUUUCAUUUUUACAAAACGGUUAUAACCAGAUGAUGGCACAAGCGGCGGCAGCAGCAGCGGCAGCGGCCACUGGAACGCCAUCUCACAUUAAUCCUCUGCCGUUUAUGGCAUUAAACCACCAGGUGUCCCACCACAGUAUGAUUCCAGCCAGUAGUUGCUUAAGUUUGACUGCUCCUAGUCACGCCCCAACUGAUCGAAGUGAUGGCGCUGGCAUCGGAGAAAGAUCCGGACAAAUAUCUGACAGUUGUGUCACUAACAGGAACCGAGAAGACCCACCAAUGAACAGUGACCUUCGUGACCGACUCUAUGGGCAAGAAACUUAUAAACAGUCAAGUACUAUCAAGCGCAAUGAGAAAACGGUAAACGGGCACGGUCCUGUAUUAAACCUCUCACAACACAGUAGCCGCAUAGUUGGUCACAAUGGCACCAAUGUUGGCGGAUGUGAGGACAACAGUGGAAGUGACGCAGUGUACAAUGAUCAUAUGGACGAAGAAGACAGCGAGGACGACGGUGACGAAAAUGAUCAAGAUUUUAGUGAUACCCCUGAUGUUAGCAGCACUGCCAAUACCGACCACCUUUCUGCCCAGAAUCCACUGUUCUUUCCAGGAGUGUCUAGCGGCACUGGCGCCAUCGUAGGACACACUGUUUCGUCAAUUGAGACUCUGCUAAGAAACAUUCAGGGAUUGCUAAAGGUAGCUGCAGACAACGCUAGACAACAAGAAAGACAAAUAAAUACAGAAAAAGCGGAGCUUAAGAUGGAAGUAAUGCGGGAAAGAGAACUUCGAGAGAACCUGGAGAAACAGAUUCUUGAAGAACAGAAAACAAAAGUUCUCUACCAGAAAAGACUAAGAAGAGAAAGACGAUCCCGUAGGAGAGUCCAGGAACAACUAGAAGCGGAAGUCAAGAGACGUUCCAAUUAUGAAGGAAACUUUCAUAGUAGCUCUAAGGAAGCCCUUCAACUUUUAAACGGGUCGCUGUUAUCAUACAUGGCGUACUAUGACGUUGCAUGUCUCAGAUUUCUGGAUAUGAUUCAUUCUUUACCACAAGAUCUAGAAAGGGAUCAGCUUGGACGGCUAGAAGAAGACUCCAAAUGUCAAGAUCUCCCUGUUUCCCUGGUUGCCUCUACGACAACUCCAGACUCUAGCCCUACCAUCAGUUGACGCCAUUUGGAAGAGUGGGACCAGAUACUGGCACUACUUCAUUCGUCUGGUCAGAUAGUCCCGACGUAACCAGCAUGUGACGUCAAGCCACUUAAAAGUUGCUUCUUCUACUUCCCCUGAAAGAACAGUGACUUAUCUAGUCCUAGCCACGAUCAUCAGUAAUGCAGAUACUUUUUUUUUUUGUUGUUGUUAAAAAGAAACAGUUGUGUUUCAGCAGUGGCUUUGACAUAAUAGACAUUUACGAACUGUUUCUAUGAGUAAGAAUUAUUGAGGUACUAAGCCUAAUCAAGUGAUAUUUACUAAUUACGCUUAUUAUCUCUUUAAAAGAAAUUUAGUGCCAUAAUAAAACCAUAGCGCCCUCUAUGCUGUUAUAAUCCGAUUCAAUGAUUUUAAUGUGAUUUGAUGAUUUUUUGUCUCGUUUAUUUAUCAUAGAUAAAUCAUAGUUUAAAAUGAUAGAAACAUUUUUUUUGUUCUCGAAACUUAAAACGGUAUGGAAAACAAUAGCACAGUGUACACACACUUUAACAAAGUGAUAGGUUAUUAGGUUAAUCACUAUAAUAUUUACGUUAAUAGAAAUAAGUAGAUUGAACUAGUUAGAUAAGAUACAGUUCUUUUCUGAUGAUUCUCAGUGGUGAAACAAAGAUAUUUAUGGUUAAGAAGCCUUGUUGGAGUUACAAUGGCUGACUGGUAUUGUUAAAUUUCAAAUUGAUAAAAAUAUCUAUAUAUUUAUCAUUGACAGACAUCAGUGCUUCCCAACCACAAGAAACUAAGGAGUUUUGGAGUAAAAAUAGAUAACUAGUGUGACGUAAAAUCCUUUGAAGAUAUUAAUAUCAAAAAGUGUUUUUUUAUUUAAACCUUUUCACGGUUCUUAAGAAGGUCAAAGAUACAAUAAAAUGGCACCAGUGUGACUAGAUAAAUACACCAAUAAAGGCACCUCACACUCAUAUUU